AUGCCAACUUCCUUCCCUACCUCCAUGGAAUUCAUCCCUUGUCUCUGGUCCGACUCCUCCGAUCACACCUCCAAUUGGGCCGCCAACGACAACACCGCCAUUACUCGUGGUACCGGUCACAUUAUGGCGUUCAAUGAACCCGAUGCAUGUGGAGGAGGCCAAUCAUGCAUGAGUCCUCAACAAGCCGUCAAUGCCUGGAAGACCUACAUUCAACCUUUUGCAGGACGUGCUGCAUUAGGUGCUCCACAAGUUACAAAUGGCUGCCAGAUUGACUUUGUACCAAUUCAUUGGUAUGAGGGUGUUGGUGGUCAAAACUACUUAGCAGACUUUUAUAAUUAUGUUGUUGCUGCUUAUGCCGCUGGUGGAAAUCGUCCAAUUUGGGUUACUGAGUUCACCCUCUUGAACCCAGCCACAGAAGCCCAGCAAGAAAAUUUCAUCAGCCAAGUAAUGCCCUGGAUGGACAACCUCUCCUGGAUCUCCCGCUAUUCCUGGUUCAUGUGCACUUCGGACUACAACCUCGAACCGCAAGGUUCCUUAUGCAAUGCAGAUGGAAGUUUGAGCACUUUGGGAAAUGUUUAUACUUAUUCUCCUUUUUAAGCUUAGGAUGCUGUGUAGAGAGGGGCAAUGAGAGUGUGAACGGGGUCACGAAAAAGAAUUUUCGUUUGUGGAAAAUUAUUGAUGAUUGAUGAUUGCAUGGGGAGAUGGAUAGACGAUAGAUGAUAGAUAUCGAUAUGGGUAUCUUUUUUACAGCUAGCUUCAUAUCCUGACAAAGACGAACU